AUGAUUCCUCCCUGCGACCCCUCCAUUCUUGAGCACAAUCCUCAAUUCAAACGACUAUACGAAAACCUAACAAAGAACCUCCUCGAUCCAGAUGGCUCUACACGUGCUCAAAGCGCAACUCCGGCGCGCACAGCUGCUGUAGAAGACCUCAAGCAAUGCCAAACCCGAGAUGCAAAGAAGCGAAUCAAAGAGCGAACACUGCGCCAGCUAGCAUUCGCCCCAGACAGCGGCCUACCCGCGGAGUGCCACGAUAAUCUCGCAAUAAUAACCCUCUACCUCGAAACCCCCCGCCGCGCCCUCGAGCUCGACACCCCGAAACCAGACUCCGAAGACAAUACAGAACAAGACGAAACACUCUCCCUCCUCGCCCCUGAUUUCGAAGCCUUCUACUCCAACAUCCCGGCCUUCAUCCUCCCAUUCACCACCCUGCUCUCAUCAGCCCUCCAUGAUCUCCGCGCCCUAGCCGCGACCGCGGACUCUCCCACGGACCCAGAUCCAGGUCCAGGGACGUCUGCCUCAUCACGUUUGAACCAUAAUGCUCGCGCCCGAGCCCGUGACCGUCGCGUUCGGACUUCUAUGGCCCCUGUCCCGCUUCUUUCGGAACAACUUGCCAGUCGGGUUCGCGCGCUGCGCCGCAUACAGUUGUCUGAGUUGCCUGCGGCACGUCGGAAGAUGGCUGCUACGGCUGCUGGUGUUGUUGCUGUGCGCGCGAAGGUUUUGGAGCGGACGGUUGUGAUUCUAGAGCGGGCGAAGCAUGGGGCUUUGGCUCGGGCUACUAGGGCCAAGGCGGAUCAUCUCGCUACGGUUGCGCAGGGCAUUGAGGGGAAGUUGGAGGUUAUGAAACUCGAAAUCGCGGCUACUAUCUAUACACCUGAAACCAUUGCUGCGCUUACUCGGUACAAGCAACAUCUUCGGCAGACGAAGGAGCGUCUGGAGGAUCGGCGCAAGAUGGCGAUUGAAGAGCUGGAAACAUACGGAGACGUGGAGGUCUCAGGGUCAGUUAGAGAUAUUCCUGCAGAUGGAGGGUCUUUAGCGGAGAUUGCUCGCCGGUAUGGGGCACUCGCAAGAGAAGUGGAAUCUACAAAGAUGGAAAUCGCACGGCUUGGCGAAUGA